AUGAAUGGCAAAUACACGUCAAUCGAAUCAAUCCAAAAAGCAGAGAUCAUUUUUGAUUUUAAAAACAAAGAUGAAGCGGUUCAAUUAUUCUCCAAACUUUUACAACGCUGUAGGGAUUUAGAAAAUGAAAAUGAAAAAUUGAUUGAAGCUAGCAUCAAUAAGCUCAGACAAGAAUUUACUGCAAUACUUACAGGAUUUGAUUUCCCUCAUGACUUAAUUGAGGAUGCCAAAGGUUAUUUAAAGACGACAAAUAAAAUUUCUACAUAUAGAAGUGAAACUACUACAUUUAAUGGUGAUUUAAUUAAAAGUGAAACUACUACUACAAAUAAAAGUGAAGUUACUACUAAUGAAUCCGCUCUUAAGUAA